GUUAUGACCGCACCGCCACCUAUGACAGAUUGACAUGGCGAAGCAAAGGCUAUCAAGAUGCGCUCCAAAAGACGGACCAGAGAGCCCCACCAGAGAUACUGGGGAAUAGACAAGAACCUCAUCCACCUUGUAUCAAUCUUAGUCCUAGGCAUUGCUAUCUUGAUUGGACUCCGUUACAUGAACAACAGCAAGCUUCCAGCCACGCCAAAAGCACCGCCACCUCGCCAACCCACAAAACUUUCCAAGAAACUAUGGGAGGUCUUCGGUUCUCCGCGUGGAAAAGGUCUCAAGGCUACCCAGAAUAUUCUUGCCGGACAAAUGAUAUUGCUCGAGAAACCUAUCAUUAAGCUCCCUUCAGAACCAGACCGCAGUGCGCAAGCUCAGCUCCUUUUUGAGAAACUGAGCAGUCUAUCAGAUGCAGAUCGGGCGGAGUAUUUUAGUCUUUGGAAUACUGUUACUGGCUUUCCAGAAGACAUUUCUCAGGAACAACGGCUCAGGGGACUUGCGUUGAAUAUAUUCGAGUCCAACGCCAUCCGGGGCUCAGAUCGAUCAGCAGCGGUGUACAAAAAUGCGGCAAGGAUCAAUCACUCCUGCCGUCCCAACGCCGUGUAUCACUAUCGCUCCGAUCUCGGUGUUCUUACAAUUCAAGCUGUGGAGGAUAUUCCGACUGGGGAAGAAAUCCUUGCCCCAUACUUCGACGCCAGUGUUCGCACACGAGAAGACCGUCAGAAAUACCUCAGAGAAGCCUAUAGCUUCGACUGCCAAUGCGAAAUCUGCUCAGGAAAUGAAGCUAAGGUAGAUGAAAGCGACCGCCGCAGAGCGCGGCUUUCCAACCUUACAAGUGUUUUGGUUUCCUGGAGUGACGAGAAAGCUGAGCCCGAAGAUGCUAUUGCUGCCAUUGAAGAAGCGCUAAGACUUCUACAAGAGGAGAAUUAUCACGCUUCCGUCGGAGUCUGGAUGGCCAAUGCUGCAACCAUCAGCGCUGCUCAUCAGGAUCAAGACGGUGUGAAACACUGGGCCCGGAGGGCUGCUCUCCAGUACAUCAUUGAAACUGGGAGAGACAGUCCAGAAGUGGCAGCAAUGGCCACGAUUCUGAAGGAACCUAACCGUACGAUGUCUUGGGGGCAACGCGACGCACGGAAGUUAAACAUUGCCGAACCGAUGAGUCCCAUAUAGAAAUUAGGUGUAUUCGAUCCUUCAGAGUAUCAAUACGUGGGUCUGUAUGGUUAGAAGAAUUAAGGGUCCAUGUGCUUGAGAUCAGCCAUUCCCGAUCAUUGAUGGUGGACCUUCUCGUAAAAUAGUAUAUACGCUUUCGACUUGAACACCUCUUCCACUGUUGCUGGCCUGACAAGGGUAUCACUGAUAUAGCACCAUUGUCGGCUUGAUCCCAAUUUCUCCGAAGUGGGGGUUGCUUCGACAUUGCCGAGCUGGGCGAUUCCAAGUCGUCCCCAUUAUUAUCUGUGGGGGCCAACGUAGUUGGCCUUGGAGACAACGCUGUGUAAGCGAUGUAGUGUCCCCCGAGCUAUGCCACUACAGUUUAGUCCAUACUAUGCCUACCCGUCACCCGAUUACUCACCAUACUUCCUAUAUGCACAACAACAGCAUACAAACGAUACCAAGUCGGG